AUGAGUGACCCCAGCUCCCCCUCUCCUGCUGAAGUAGAGAAUCUCAUUAUUAUUUUCAUGGGUUUUGUGUUUGCGACAUUCCUAUACGGCUUGACCUUCUUUCAGAUGUACAUAUAUUUUUCUCGGUACUCGAAUGAUUAUGCAUGGACAAAACUCUUGGUUGGGGCACUAUUUGUCCUCGAUACCACUUCAACUAGCCUAGUAUCUGACAUACCAUACCACUACCUGAUAACGAUGUUCGACGUGUCCAUAGAGGUCCUAUAUCCAACGCCAGCUUUUUGCAUACAAUAUAUUUUUUCGGCCAUUCUCACUCUGAUCACGCAGUCAUUUUUCGCUAGUCGACUUCAUACUGUUUGUGGUAGCUUUACGAAUAUCACUUCGAGAUCCAUCAGCCUGGUAGUGCUCCUUUGUGCCUUCAUUUCCUUCGUUUUCGGUUUGAUUUCAGUAGGACAAUUCUUCCAGCAUGGGCAGUUAUCCACAUUCGCUUUACCUUCUAUGCCAGUGAGGGUUUUUGUUGAUUCAGAGAUUUCUCACCCAGAAUUGCAGAUUAUCGCUGGCAUCAGCCAAGGAUUUGCAGCAGUCGCAAACAUCAUCAUUUUUAUUAUGAUGUAUUGGUCAUUGUGUCCAGCACAUUAUCUGGACAUGCUCCAGUCAGUGCCCGAGGGUGUGCUUGAAAACCUUGCGGUGUUGUUUGUCAGCCGUGGCCUGGGGCUCACCAUCAUUCAGCUGGUGUAUCUAGGCACAUUUGUUGCUUCACCGGGAAAACCAUACUGGAUAGCAGUCCAGAUGGUUACACCCAGGAUUUACGUCAAUAUUGUCUUGGGUCUCUUGAAUGCUCGAGAAGUCAAACACGGUGUCGGUCUCAACGAGGAAGACACCUUGUCUGGUCGACACAAUUCCCAAAAUGAUGUACCAGGCACGCUCCGCUUCCUCAACAGAAAGGCAAGUCAUCAAGCUUUUUGCAACGGGGAGAACAGCAGGGGUAGCGAAAUCGAGGAAGCAAGCAAAUCUUAUGCAAGUGACCAGAAAUUGAAUCUCGCACAAAUUGAGAUGCAAUUUGGUUUUGCACUACCGCAGGCGGUAAGGGAGUUAUAUCUUGUCGUGGAUGGAUAUGAAGCAGAAUCAUCAGCGGGGUGCUCAGAUGGUCUCUUCUUUGGCCUCCUCGAAGCUGUCUUUGAAGAAUGGCGGUUUUGGCGUGAAGUCGAUGAUGACCCUCAGAUGGGAUUCCGAGCCUAG